AUGAUGAAAAAAGAAAGUGUUUAUUGUCCAGACCAAUCAUCUUUACGGUACUUGGACUUACCCAAGCCAGUCUCUAUCAACUGCCUCAAAGGUUAUGACAAGAACUCCAAGUAUGGACAUGAACAGCCAAAAGGUACAAACUUAUUGCGAUGGAUUCUGGAGAAUGAAACAAUUGUUCGUAACUUCGAUUACGAUUUUAUCUGUAGCAAUGGUUUAUUGAAAGAUCUGAUGAUUUCUUCACUUUACUCAUUUGAUUGGAGCAUCUCUGCUGUAAAAAUCAGAGGUAAAAUUAUUCUAAGUAAGUCCGAAUCGAUUGAGAGGGAAAGAAGGAUCUAUACUCAAUCAGAGACGGACAACAAAUCAACUUAUGCAGCUUCAAAUUUGCAACGUUUGAUUACGAAGAAUAACAAUCAAUGUUCUUCUGGAAGAGAAGGGGAAUCCUUUUAUGGCGUUUUUCACUCAAAGAUUGGGUCUCAUCGAAUUUUGAAUUCCGGUUAUUUGGACUGUGUUGAAAGUGAACAAGAAUUGAAAAAAUCUUUCGAUGACAUGAAGUUUGUUUUGAUAAAAAAGUUUAAUGGUCCAAAGAUCUCACACUCUAUUUUUCAAGCUAACUCUUGGUGGUCAUUGGCUACUCUUGCUGACGUUGGUACAGUUAUUCGUGCUGAAUGUGAUCGAUCUUUUGUAGUUAACAAUAUCGAUAAGUUGGAAGUUGAUAAUCUAAUCAAUGAAGACAGAAAAAUGACAUUUUUUGCUUCGUUGAAUUCAAUUCUCGAUCAUUUCAAGUUGGUUGUUACAGAGGAAAAUAAAUGUUACAACUUUCAUUUCAACGGCGAGGAUAAAAUGUUGACUGGGUACAUGAAGAUGGAUGCAGAUGAAAACCUCAUUCCAUUAUGGUAUAUUGAUCAACAACUUCCUCUUUAA